AUGUUUGUCCUCCCACCUCCCCCUCCGCGUUAUACCAUCCCUGUCGCGUAUGCGGCGGGGGCGGCCAAUGGUAUGGCGGUUCCUGUUGUUGAAACAAAUAAUACCAUCACUCACCCCGAGCGGGGGUGCCCAUUACAAGUAGGAGAGGGCACAUACGUCCUCCAAGAUGACCUUUUACUCGCAACCCCGCCUCCGCAUCCCUCCGAAGCUCCCAUUGUCAACCCAAAUCCUCUCACUACCGUGCCGGCACCUCCGACCUGUGGCGUGAAGUUGUCCCUCGUCAGCCUUGACCCGCGAAAGAAGCCUCCGACAUUCUUGAAAUCUGCGAUUACGGCACCACAAUUCGGUGAUGGGAACUCGGCACUUGCGGCACCACCGGUCACAUCGAAGGAUGCUUUGAAGAGGAGGAAGCCGAAGAACAACAUCAUCAAGAGCAGCUCUUCCUUUGUCUCGAGAGUCAUUACACAUGAGACAUCUGCGAAGAGGCUGAGCGACCGCGAUAACAAUGGUGUCUUCGCAUUCGCGAAUAUCAACCGAGCCUUCCAAUGGCUUGACCUCAGCUCGCCUACGAAAGAAGAACACCUCACUAAGGUGCUUUUCACCAAGGCGCAUAUGCUCUGCCAUGACAUCAAUGAGCUCACCAAGACCGCUUCCCAUUUGGAUAUUGUGAUGGGAUCUUCUGCAGGCGACAUUAUCUGGUAUGAGCCCAUGUCGCAAAAGUAUGCUCGGAUCAACAAAAACGGCGUGAUCAAUAACUCUCCGGUCACCCAUAUUAAAUGGCUACCUGGAUCCGAGAAUCUUUUCAUGGCGUCCCACGCCAAUGGCGUUCUGGUUGUGUACGAUAAGGAGAAGGAGGAUGCGCUUUUCACUGCCGAGUCAAACGGUCAUUCUGAAAAAGAGACGGGAAGGUUGCCUUUGGAAAUCCUCAAGUCCGUCAACUCCAAGAACCAAAAGACGAACCCUGUUUCAUUUUGGAAAAUGGCAAACCAGAAGGUUUCCAGCUUUUCUUUUUCUCCAGAUCAAAGACACCUAGCUGUUGUCCUUGAAGAUGGAUCACUGCGACUAAUGGACUAUCUAAAAGAGGAGGUCUUGGAUAUCUUCCGAAGCUACUAUGGUGGACUAAUCUGCGUUUGCUGGUCUCCAGACGGCAAAUACAUCGUGACUGGCGGUCAAGACGAUCUAUUGACUAUCUGGUCCUUCCCCGAGCGCAAGAUUGUUGCACGUUGCCAAGGUCACAACUCUUGGGUUUCCUCAGUGGCAUUCGACCCAUGGCGCUGCGACCAGAAAACCUACCGACUAGGCAGUGUCGGCGAUGACUGCCGCCUUCUUCUGUGGGAUUUCAGUGUGGGUAUGCUCCAUCGUCCAAGGGGACAUCACGCAUCAACUCGCAACCGAACGAGCAUGGUUGUGCCAGGCACACAGACCGCCAGUCGCCAUCGGUCAGACAGUGGCGGCGGUCGUGUGCGCUCGGACUCCAAUGGAACGGAAAACUUCAAUGGAGACAUUGAUCCGACAACCAGUCACCCCGUGGAACCUCGGUCGCGCACAGCUAUGCUUCCCCCAAUCAUGUCCAAGAUCGUCGGUGAAGACCCUAUCUGCUGGCUUGGCUUCCAGAAAGAUUGUAUUAUGACAUCCUCUCUUGAAGGCCACAUUCGAACCUGGGAUCGACCCAAUGAAAGCAUCGGCAAAUCAUGA